AUGACUCAGACUCCGGAUUCUAUCUCUGUGUCCCCGGGACAGACAAUCACCAUCACAUGUACAUCCAGUACAAGCCUAACUGAUAGCAGCUACAGCUACCUAGCCUGGUACCAACAGAAGCCCCAACAACCUCCAAAGCUUCUUAUCUAUGAUGCCAGCACUCGGCAAUCCAACCGACACACAGGAGUCCCAGACCGGUUCACUGGCAGGAGUGAUGGAUCUCCUUACACUCGUUACACUCUGACAAUUACUGCUGUGACUGAAGAUGAUGAAGGAGGAUAUCUCUGUCAGCAGUAUAACAGCUGGUCUCACAGUGAUACAGAGCCGUACAAAAACCUCCUUCCUCUUUUAUGA